UGUAAAAUGAUGGUUGAGAAUAACGCUAAAUAUUUUCAUCUUAUUAUUAUCAAAGCUAAGUCACAAUUAAGCGUAUAAACAAAUUUCUUUAGGCCGUUUUCCUCUUCCUAAUACGGAUGGCUUUUUCAAUAAUUAAUGAGGAUUAUUUCGCCUUUGAUGGCAAGAAACAGUCAGAGUUGCGAAUAAUGCUGGUUGGAAUAACCGGUCACGGGAAAAGUGCAACAUGCAACACUUUGAUUGGUGAGAACUUGGCGGAAGUGUCGUCUGGUUCGACAUCUACGACGGAAAUAAGUCAUUUGUACACAGCUGCAAAUCGCUUGAACAGAAAAUUGGAAAUAGUAGACACACCUGGUAUUUUUGAUACAGCUAAUGAUAACGAGAAAAUACACAAGGAGCUGAUCAGAGCAUUGCUUUUAACUACACCUGGGUUCCAUGCAAUUGCGUUUGUGUUGAAGAGAGGAGCCAAAUUCACAGCAGAGAUUCAAGAGACGAAAGAUAUUUUCUUUAAUUGGUUUGGUGAAGAUGUCAAAAAAUAUUCAUUUGUUAUUCUAACGGAUACUAACACAAAGGAAGAAGUGGAAGAAUUUUUAGGAAAACGACCACACCAAAAGUUGACGGAGUUAGUUAAUGAUUGUGGUGGCCGAGUUGUUCCUCUCCAAAACAAAAGUAGAGAUGUCAAUUUUACGCACUACCAAGUAUUGAAUAUUUUAAGAAUAGUGGAACAAAUAGUAGCCAAAAAUAAAAACGCAAGCUUUUCAAAUGAUGCAUACACGUUUACUAAAUUGUAUGCAGAGAAAAACCCAUCACUUUCCAAUAGCAUGCUACUUCUUUAUUCUAAGAAGGUACAGGGAAAGACAUUAACAAGUAUUCAAAAUGAAACCGUAAGGCGGAUUCUAGACCAACAUCAUGAAACAAGUUCGGGAUCCGAUGUCAUUGAAGAGACAGAAAGAAACAUGGCUAAACCGCGUGGUAGCAGCAGCACAGGUAAUUUGAAGAUUAUUGACGCGCAAACUGAUAGACCAUAUGAAUGUUAUGCAGUGAAAUCUCAAAUGUCAAUCUCUUAUGAAACUUCUGAAAAACAGACUGAUGUCAGUCAUACGAAUUGUUCCGACUAUGAAGACGAAUUUUCAAAUUUAAGAACAAAAGUAAACAGUGACGAAACAGGUGAAGAAAUUAAUGGGUUUAUUGCGUUUUCCAGAAGGGUAAUGUCUAAACUCCCUUUUUGCACGAUUAUUUAAAUCUUCAUGCGUAAUGGUUUCAAAUAAUAAUCUUUUAUUCUUGCAUUUGGAAUAUGUGUUAAACCCUCCUCCCUUACUUUUGUUCAUUUUGUUUAACUGAUUAGGUCUUCUAUAUUUUCUUCUUAUAGGUUUGUUUUUAUUUUACAAUGCUGUCGUAUAACUUUCUUCAAUGAAGGAAUGGAGACUUGCGAUUCUUAUCGACAUAGCAUAUCUGAUUAAUCAUUUUAAUCUUAUCCUUGUUACAGUUUUUUUUUCAAAUAAUAUAGGGUAUGGAUGGAAGGAAUGUGUUAUACUGAGGAUGACCUAAAUAACUGUGGUUAAGAUAGGGGAGGUUUCACUGUUAAACAAAUAAGAUAUGUUAUCAAAAAGAACAGAUACAAAAACUAUGUUUUAGUGCAAAUAUCAAAUGUGCCAUGAGAUUCAUUGACCAUAGUAACAUGUAUGCAGCGAACACAGCUAUUACGUCACAUGUUAAACACAUUAUAUCUAAAUUUAAGGAAAAGACGCCAAACAAAGCCACAUCAUAGUUCGAUAUGCUGAAUGCUAAUGCUAUUAUGAUGUAAAAUUUGACGUGAUUUGAAUGUCGCGAUUUUAAAACAACAUAUUUUAUAGUGCGAUGGUGCUGAUGUUUCUACCUUCGGAAAGUCCUUGUGAAGCCGACGGCAUAUCUGAUUAAUCAUUUAAAUAUGCCAUUAUUUGGUAAAGGUAUCAACAUAAACGCUUUAGAUAACGAUUUUAACCAAAUAUUAAUUUUAUGGUUUAAUGUCGGUCGGGGCAUCUUUGAAGUGAACGCAGGCGGUUUUAGAAAGACAAAUUGAGACGUAACAAAGAUGACGUGACAUUAGUUUGCAUUGCACAGUCAAUAGACGAUCAGAGGCCUGGCUUAGGGCUUAGCGUAAACGUUAAAACAUCUGAUGCCGACAAAAACGAAAUAAAUGUAAAUUUUAUAUUCACACUAGAUAUCUGUUUCCGAAAAUAUC